UCCACGGUAAAGUCAAACGGAAAAAGAAGUGAAACAUCGUCCCUCUGUGUGCAAGGAGACACUACAGUUUAAUAAACAACAAGAGAUGGCACAUUUUCGUGGUCAGAUCAGGGGGCCACACUGGGGCGCCAAAAGGGAUAACAUACUCAUAGAUUUUUGGAAAAGGCACGAAUGUUUGUUUAAUUCCUCGCUGGAGUCUUUCUACGACAGGGAUAUGAAGACAAAGCUGUGGUCCGAGUGCGCCUUGUUGAUCGGGAAAUCUGUAUGUGAUGUAGUGAGAAGAUCAAGGUCUCUGCGGACUCAGUAUGGAAGAGUUUUAUGGCACCCAGAGAGGGUCAACACUUUUCAGCAAAGGAUGCUGAGAGAGAAACUGGAAUUCCUGAGACCUUACAUUGUUCGCAGACGCAGUGAUUCCUAUCCAGAGGAUAGGUCUGAUGAUCACGAGGAUGAAGAAGGAGAGCUUGAGACUGAGGGGAGUAAUGAUCACGAGAGGGGUACAAGUAUAUUUGGGAGUCCGUUGGAUGAUGACGAGGCUGUGAAAGAUCCAAAUGAGGAAUUUCCAUCAGAGGCAUCCACCUCAAACACUUCUUCCUACUGCGCAAACUCACAACCUCAUCACGCAGAGACUAUGUCCUUGAACUUUGAACCUCAUAAUGACAAAGACACACCUGAUGUUCCUGAUCAGUUAGUGACAGUAAAUCUAACAAAUAAUGAUGUAUUAAACCAGUUUGUAAAUGUCAUGCUGGCGGAUAUGCGUCAGAUUAAAGACAGCAUGGUACUAAUUCGACUUCGCCGAGAUAUCACUGAAUUGGUGUUUAAAGCAGUGGAGGAGGACAUGAAGAGGCGUAUUCCAGUUUCUUUUAUUCACCAGGGAGAAAACACACAGUUUCCAAGCUCCUCAAGGCCUCAGACAUGCUUGCAGAGGGUUUGGAAGAGAAAGAACAGGGGAAAUGUAAAGCACAUGAGGAGGAUUUGUAGGACCCAAGCAGGUCAAACAUUUGAUGAGAUGAAAGGAAAUAUCCCUCAGGCUAUGAUGCAUGCUUCUGAGAUCAAAUUGGAAAUAGAUCCACGCAUGGUCAAGACAGAGGAUGAGACACUUGCUGUUCUGUGACAUUACUGUCAGUGUGUUUAGAUUACGAUAUUAAACAAAUUAUGUUAAAGUGUG